AUGCAAAAGUCACCGUCACGCAUUCAGUUUUACAAUAUUGCAGAUGGUGCACUUGCUGUGAAGUCUAAAGGUGUCGUAUCCGGUUUGGACGGAGACUUAACUUACUUGGGAAGGGUUGCUGCACACCUUCCUGUUGACCCACACCUUGCUAAAUUCAUAGUCAUGGGAUAUUUGUUUGGUGUUCUAAGGGAGAGCAUUAUUAUUGCUGCUGGGCUAUCCUUGAAAAGCUUCCAUGCUCGGCCCUUCCAAGACGAGCUGAACGCCUUUCUGUCCAAGGUUUCCUGGGCAUAUGGAUCCUUCUCUGACUGCUUAGCCGUAUUGAACACAUACAAUCUUUGGCAAAGCAUGCAAAUCAGAGGAGAGUUCCUGAGGCCUGGAGGGAGACAGGAACGAGAAUGGGCUAAACACAGUUACGUACAGCUUGAGGCCCUAAAGGAAGUGGAUAGCUGGUGA